AUGGGCGCCGCGGCCAGCACGAAGGAGGACCACCACAUCGCGGCGACCGUCGACGUGCUCCGCGCCCAGCAGAUGGCGCACCGCUCGACCUACGCCGCCAAGGUCGGGCUGUUCCAGGGCCAAAAGGCUGCCAAGCACCUGGAGCAGGGCGACGUCAUGGACCUGCCGCUGCCGGAGCUCCGCGAGCGGCUGCGGCGCGUCUUCGCCGACGAGCCGGACCAGCUCGAGGUCUUGCUGCAGCUCCUCGAGACCGCGGGCGAGGACGCGGGCGCCGUGCGAUCGCGCCUCGCGGAGCUCGGCCGCCGGCCGCCCGCGCGGGCGCCCGCGGGCGCGUGCAAGCGCGCGCGCGCGCUGGAGCGCCUCGCCGCGCGCCUCGGCCCCGCGGCGGCGCGCGAGCUCCUCGAGGCGGCCGUCGCGCUCCGCGCCGCGGCGGACGGCCCGGACCACCCGCGGACGCGCGCGACGCGCGUCGCCCUCGAGCGCGCGGCGGCGGCCGCUCCGGACGCGGCGGCGAUGACGUGGCUGCCGCCCUGCGGCGGACACUUCGACACGCUCGCAACUCGCGCCGACGCGCUCACGCCGCUCCGCGAAACUCGCGCCGACGCGCUCACGCCGCUCCGCGACGCCGACGCGCUCGCGCCGCUCCGCGACACGAUGGCCGCCGCAGCCUUCGACGCCGCCUACCUCGCGGCCUACCGCGAGAAGUGCGACGAGUACGCGGACGCGCCGCCGUCGAAGCCCCUGUCGCCGGCGCGCGUGCGCGCGGCGAUCAACAAGGUGCUCCAGGAGACGGACGUGAAGAUCGGCGACAUGCAGAAGCUCCUGGGCGUCAACGCCAACACCUGGGGCAAGUUCAUGAAGAACGAGUACAAGGACAAGACCUGGGGCGCGACGCAGUCCGGCACGUACUGGGCGGGCGUCAAGUUCUGCUACGCGGAGAAGGCGCUCGGAACGCGGUCGCUGCUCAAGACGCGCGCGCGCGGCGGCGGCGCCGCGGCGGCCGGCGGCGGCGCGGCGAAGCCCGACCUGCCGGACCUCGCGGGCGUCGACGUCGUCGACGCGGUCUUCGAGACGCCCGGCGAGGUGCGCAAGUCGCUCCGCGCGGCGCUCUCGACGUACAAGACGUCCGUCGCGGAGCUCGCGCGCCUCGCGGGCGUGCCCUACCAGUCCUUCAACAACUUCAUGAAGGCGAGCGGCUCCCACGGCGGCUCCGAGAACCAGGCCUACCGCCCGGCGGCCAGGAUCAGCGAGAAGCUCCGCGUCAAGACGGCCAAGGCCAAGACGAAGAAGCGCAAGGCCCUCGAGGCGGAGAUGGACGCGAACCCGGGCCGCGCGCCGUUCCUCGGCCUCGACCCGAACAAGAAGUACUGGGCCCUGCCCGGCGCCGCCUUCGCGAAGGACGCCGUCGGCCGCACCACCAUCACCUACGGCCCGCUCUGAGCCUUCUGUCCUCAAUAUGACAAUAAAAGCCUCCCGUACCGUG